UUCAUUUCGAUUUUUGUGUAAUCCUUUCCAUGGCUGCCGGAGACGACGACUGGGAUCUCUCCGCCGUCGUCCGGAGCUGCUAUUCAGGCUCCUCCACCUCCUCCACCUCCACGGCCGCCGACCCAACUGCCGCCUCCGCCGCAGAAACCGCCUUGUCUUGUCUUGCUUCCUUAACUUUUGACGACGAUCCAAACAACGUCGCAUUCUCCUUUUCCGACAUCCUUCACCCCCAACAGCCCAACGGCUUCCAUGAAUUACACCAAGCCUUCAUUUCUUUCCUCCCCAAUCCCGUCGCCCCCGCCGUCGCCCCCGCCGCACCGGUAAUCCCCAAUCCGGUUCCAACCCGCCAAUCCCGACACGGAAUUAAACCCAUUCGACCACUGCCAGAUCCCGGAGCGGUGGCGCUGCAAUCCCACCACCGGCAACAGCCACUUUUCCGGCCAGACUUCCCAAAUUCACCAAUGACGCCUCCACACAUACCCAAAUCGAGAAAAAGAAAGAAUCAACAAAAGAGAACCGUAUGCCAUGUGACUGCUGAUAAUCUCUCAACAGACAUGUGGGCUUGGCGUAAAUAUGGGCAAAAGCCCAUUAAAGGAUCUCCCUACCCAAGGAACUAUUACCGUUGCAGCAGCUCAAAAGGGUGUGGGGCAAGAAAGCAAGUUGAACGGAGCACUGCCGACCCAGAAACUUUCAUCGUCACAUACACUGGAGAUCACACUCAUCCACGUCCAACUCAUCGGAAUUCUCUUGCCGGGAGUUCCCGAAACAGGUCGUCGUCUGCAAUCCCCAUGAAAAACCUGACGAUGGGAGACCCCGAUCGGUCAUUGCUCGGCACAGCCACCGUGGGCUCUCCGAUGACACCGCUUAACGAAGACGGUGGGAGCGGAGAGAAAGAAGGAGAGAUUUUGGAGGAUUUGAGCAUUGAGAGUGAGGAGUACGAGGAUAAUGAUAUUCUGAUUCCAAAUUUGAUGAUGAGAAAUGAAAUCUUUGUUGGGUUUGAGGAGCUUGGUUGUAGUCCUCGAAGGAAGGCUUGAAUAAUUAUAUGAUUUAGCAAUUUUGUCAUGUAAUUACUUUUAAUUUAGUUUAUUAUAUAAUUUUAGCAGUAGAUCAUGAUCAUCAUGAAUGAAUUCACUCUUUUUUCAUGAAAUCACAGCCGUCCA